CCAUGACGCCACUGUCCUAGGACUAGAGAAAGACGCCAUUUUGUUUUUUAGCGGUGAGGUGGAGAACCGGAAAAAUUGUAGCGAAACUGCACCAAAAGAUCCGCCACCAUGGGGAAUAUGUUUGCAGGCCUCUUUAAGAAUCUCUUUGGGAAGAAAGAGAUGAGAAUUCUGAUGGUGGGCUUGGAUGCUGCGGGAAAGACCACCAUCCUGUACAAACUAAAACUGGGAGAAAUAGUCACCACCAUCCCCACUAUCGGUUUUAAUGUUGAGACGGUAGAGUAUAAGAACAUCAGCUUCACUGUGUGGGAUGUGGGCGGUCAGGAUAAGAUCCGGCCGCUUUGGAGGCACUAUUUCCAGAACACACAAGGCCUGAUUUUUGUUGUGGACAGUAACGAUAGGGAGCGAGUGAAUGAGGCGAGGGAGGAGUUGACGAGGAUGCUGGCAGAGGACGAGUUGAGAGAUGCCGUGCUGCUCGUCUUUGCCAACAAACAGGACCUGCCCAAUGCGAUGAACGCAGCCGAGAUCACAGAUAAGCUGGGCCUUCAUUCCCUGCGUCAUCGUAACUGGUACAUCCAGGCCACCUGCCACCAGCUCGCUUUCCCUACUGCUGUCCUCAGUCAAGCGCGUUCAAGAACAAGCCUGUGA